AUGGCAUUUUCUUAUCAGAAUCAUGUUGUAACAGGAGGUUAUGACAAAAUCGUGAGACUCUAUGAUAUCUCAACUGGCCAAUUGGUGAAGAUGUUUACUGGUCAUCAGCUAUCUGUAACAAAAACCAUAUUCAAUCCUUUGGGCAAUUUGAUAGUCAGUGGUUCAAAAGAUCACACAAUAAAAUUUUGGGAUAUUGUUUCGGGAUUAUGUAUAAAAACAAUUUCUUCUCACUUGGGUGAAGUGACAUCCGUAGCGAUGAAUUCCAAUGGAACUUUGUUGUUAAGUAGUUCAAAAGAUAAUUCUAAUAGGUUAUGGGAUGUUCGAAAGGCACGUCCCAUCAAGAGACUAAAGGGACACCAGAAUACAUCCAAGAAUUUUAUUAGGGCAGGAUUCGUCAAUAAUUCGUUAAUUGUUGGUGGCUCCGAGGAAACGGAGGAGGUUUUGCAAAAAUUGAAGGGUCACAGUGGCAUUGUUUACGAUGCCAUCUGGAAUCCCAAGCAAUGUUUAUUGGUCAGUUGCAGUGAUGAUAAAACAUUAAAGACUUGGUGGUAUGACGAAGGCCUCCCAUUAGAGCUGGAAUAA